AGCCGCAGGCGGGAUGGGAUGUCUUUGUAGCUCCGCCCACAGACAGAACAAACUGACUGAGAAGCACGAGCGCACCGUCCCCAAAGACCUUUGAAAAAAAAUAUUCAACUGCACACCGACACCUGACAGGAGACUGGGCAUGACGGUGCGAGCCAAGCUGAGGGUGUAGCCACAUCUGGCAGAGAGGGCUGAAGCGAGCAGGAGCCUCCGCACACCAGACCAUCGCACUUCAGCGAAGACGAUGGGAAAGCCAGAGGAGGAGAAUGUGGCGAAGCUGUUCGAGAACUUCAUUCAGGCCUCGACCUGCAAAGGAGCUCUCCAGGCUUUCAAUGUCCUCUGCAGACGCCUGGACCUCGACCCUGCAGACCACGACACUUUCUACAGCAGCCUGAAGGCAAAGGUCUCCUGCUGGAAGGCCAAUGCUCUCUGGAGCAAGUUGGACAAGAGGAUGUCCCAUAAGGAGUACAAGAAAGGUCAAGCCUGUGUGAACACCAAGUGCCUCAUCAUCGGAGGAGGUCCAUGUGGCUUACGGACUGCCAUCGAGUUUGCAUUAAUGGGUGCCAAAGUUGUGGUGCUGGAGAAGAGAGACUCCUUCUCCAGAAACAACGUGCUUCAUCUUUGGCCCUUUACUAUUCAUGACCUGCGGGGCCUCGGGGCCAAGAAGUUUUACGGGAAAUUCUGUGCUGGAGCCAUAGACCACAUCAGCAUUCAGCAGCUGCAACUGAUUCUUCUGAAAGUUGCCCUCAUUGUUGCAGUGGAAUUUCACAUCAAUGUGGAGUUUGUCAAACUGUUGGAACCACCAGAGGAUCAGACAAACGAAGGCGUUGGGUGGAGAGCUGCAAUUCGACCUGCUGAUCACCCCGUGGCUAACUUUGACUUUGAUGUUGUGGUCGGGGCCGAUGGGCGCAAGAAUUCGUUGGACGGUUUUAAAAGGAAAGUGCUCAGAGGAAAACUGGCAAUUGCCAUUACAGCAAACUUCGUCAACAGUAACACUACAGCAGAAGCCCGAGUGGAGGAGAUCAGCGGCGUGGCUUUCAUCUUUAACCAGAAGUUUUUUCUUGAUCUUAAAGCGAAGACAGGUGUUGAUCUCGAGAACAUCGUGUACUAUAAGGACAACACACAUUACUUUGUCAUGACUGCCAAAAAGCAAAGCCUGCUGGAAAAGGGAGUUCUCAUAAAUGAUUAUGUUGAGACUGAGAUGCUGCUUAGCAGUCAAAACGUCAACCAGGAAGCUCUUCUGAGCUACGCCACAGAGGCUGCUAACUUUGGCACCCACUAUCAGCUUCCUACACUCAAGUUUGCUGAGAACCACUGUGGGCAGCCGGAUGUAGCAAUGUUUGACUUCACAAACAUGUAUGCUUCUGAGAACGCUGCUCUCAUCAGGGAAAGACACGGACACCAGCUGUUGGUGGCUCUUGUAGGAGACAGUCUACUUGAGCCCUUUUGGCCAAUGGGAACGGGUUGUGCUCGCGGCUUCCUGAGUGGAUUUGAUACAGCCUGGAUGGUGAGGAGCUGGGCUGAGGGCCGAUCAGUCCUGGAAGUGUUAGCAGAAAGGGAAAGUAUUUAUCGAUUGCUCCCACAAACAACUCCUGAAAACAUUGCGAAAAACUUUGACCUGUACACCAUAGAUCCCAGUAGUCGAUACACCAACCUAAAUUCUACCUGUGUCCGACCUAACCAGGUGCACCACCUGUACAUCACUGGAGAGCUCAAUCACUGCUCUUUGGAGCGUGCUGUUACCAUACGACGGCCUAUUAACCAGAAAAAAGAUUGUGAGAUCAGACCAUCAAGACUUCUUACCUGGUGCAAGAAGCAGACAGAGGGUUACAGGAAUGUGUCCAUCAAAGACCUCACGUCAUCCUGGAAGAGCGGCAUCGCCCUCUGUGCUCUCAUCCACAGAUUUAAACCACAGCUGAUAGAUUUUGACUCAUUAAACGAGGAGGAUCACAGGGCAAACCUGCAGCUUGCGCUUGACAUUAGCGAACAGGAAUUUGGGAUCCAACCAUUCACAUCUGCGAAGGAGCAGAGCACCAAUGAGGAAUUGGAUAAGUCGAGGGUAAUCGCGUUCCUGUCCAAGUUCUACGAGCUCUUCCGUGGAUCACCUCUACCUGCAUUAGAGACCAGAAAACUGGAUGAAAACAAAGAAUGCUAUCCCUCAAAGGAAAUCAGAUGUAAUGACGAUGCCUUCAGUUUUUCCCCUCACAGAAAACGCAUACCAAAGGAUGAAAAGAAGACUGAGAGCACAAACUUCAUUAACAAAAGGAGGCGAACGUUCUGUAUCGAGGAGGUCACCAAUCUCGGUUAUAACACGUAUGUUCAAGACAAGCAGAACUCCAAAGACAACAAAGUGGGAACACUUUCUACUCAGUUGCUGGCCAAGUUUGAGAUUAAUAGCAGCUCCAGCGUCCCCAAAACUCAGACCCAGUUGGACCUCAGUGAGAGGUCCUUGCUGUUCUCUGCUCAUGACUUUAGGGAGAGUCUGCCUGUUAAAAUCAGACCUCCGGUCCCACCUAAGCCCCCAUCAGUGACACAGUUUGAAAUCAGUAUCAGAAAAGCCGCUGAACAGUUAGUGUCCCCAAAGACUCUGCCCGAACCUCGCCUGCACCCCCACCGUCCAUUUACAGAUCUGAAGCUCAGACAUGUUGAUCAGGCUUUCACAGAGAUGAAGCCUCAGCCCGAGAAUCCAGAACUCCCCGCUCCUGUUCCAUCCCUCCACUCAGGAAUCUGUUUCAUGAGAAGAAUUCUCCACCGCCUCCGGGAGGUGGAGGAACAUGUCUCUGAGAAAAGAGCUCAGACACAAAAAGUUAGAGAGUUUCACUCAAAGAGCAUAAAGGAGAAAGCUGUUCAUCUUAGAGGACUUUUCUCAGAGGACAGUUUUGAUGUGCUAAAGGGAACUUCGGUGCGGAGAGCUUUUUCUCAAUCUUCUGAGAAAUGUCACUCCUGCAAAAAGCGUGUUUACAUGAUCGAGAGGGUCCGUGCCGAGGGACUGUGCUUCCACAGGGAGUGCUUUCGUUGUUCCAUCUGCAGCUCGCCUCUGCCCCAAGGAUUACAUGUGUUCAACCCUGACAAUGAGAAAUUAUACUGCAGACCUCACUUUGAUCAGCAAAACAAUGGGACACACCUAAAAAGGAGCUUCACUUCACCUUCUAAUCAGUUUGGAGUGGAGGAGCGAAACCGCGCUGCUGAAGAAGACUCGGCGUGCGGCAGCACAGUGGAACUGCAGAGUCGACCUGCAGCAGCCGGAGACUUUAUAUGAGACUGGCCAAGUAAACUUAAACCGGCUGGAGAGUUGCGUCUGUCCUCAAUAAAAAGAUGAGGGUAUACCCACCUGGAGACCCCUAUUGAACCUUGUGCGUUAUUUUACAGUUUGAAACGUAAAGGGACUGGCUCAGCGGCCUCGUGGUAGAGUGUCCACCCUGAGACUGUAAGCUUGUGAGUUAAAAUAUAAAACUGUGUCAUCUCAAAGACCCUAAAAUUAGGAUCUAAUGCCUCCCUGCUCCUCAAGCAUCAAGGGUCCCUGUCUGAGUAGGUGUCUGUAGCCCAUCAUUCCCCAGAGGGGAGGGUCCAAAGGGAAGAAGAACAAAUUUCACACAAGAGGUCUGAUAUUUUUUUGUAACUUGAAAUGUUUGGAGAUAAACCAGCAUUGCUUAUUGGAAUGCCAGUUGCAAUCCACAUCAAUUGUAUUUAAGACAUUGAGUGAUGCCAGUGUUAAUGUCUUUGCUAAAGGAAAUUUACAUCUACUUUUAUUGCAAAAAAAUACUUGUAUGUGAUUAAAAGUAGUUAAAAAGGACUCAAGAGCAUCACUGAAAAAUAAUAUUUUACUGAUCUCCAGAUAGCCUAUGUUUAAUUAAUGUAAUGGACAAAUGCUUAACUGCAGUAUUUUAUUCCUUUUUUUGUUAUUAAUAGAAGAUGGUCUUCAGAAAAAACAAAAGUAAGCUUUACUGCUGCAAUGUAUUCAACUGUUUCGUCUUCAUAUCGCAAAAAGAUGUAAAUUUUGACAAUCAACAAGAAUAAAAAGCAGAAAAAAAACAUUAUCCCUUACAGUCACAUUUCCAUAAUAAAUUAUAAAUUUCUGUAUAAAUGUAUACAUAUAGACAUGUAUAAAUGUUGUCAUGUUUGCUAAUUAACUUGUUUUUUAGACAUGAUAAAGAUAUGUGUCCGGCUUCUCUCUGUCUAGUGAGGACACAAACUCUCAUAAAGUAGAGAAAUUAUAUUUUUUACCCAUGUAAUUUGAGAGUUCCUUAAUUCUUUAUUAAGUAUUUUAGCACUAGAUUCUGUUCUGUCUCUCUCCUAUACAUAUAUGUUUAAAUGUAUGUGUCUACUGAGCGGUGAAGAUGUUUCCAUUCCUUUUUUCUAAAUGGAAUCACAUUUUCCUAAAUGCAUAAAGAGCCUCAUGAAAAACAGCAGCAGCAACGAUUACAUGGAGCAAUCACAGCCUGAAAUUGCAUUGAAAUUACAGAUGCUGUUAAAGUUGAUGAAAAAAACACAGAAAAUUUAGGAAGAGAUGAAUCUAAAAAUACAAAUCCAUUAUUUUUGCUGAUAUACAAAAAUCAUCAUUUCGAACCAUUAGACACAAAGCUCCAGAGGGAGGGGGAGACACAAAUCAGAACGGCAGAGUAAACAUUACAUUUUACUUAAAGCAACAGAAAAAUAUCAGGUAGAAAAAAAGAGACUUAGAAUCUAUCUUUUUGUGUAAAAAACAAUAACUUUAAAAACCUGCUGCAGUGGAACAAGCAAACCAGAAUAAAAUGGUUAAAAUAUGUAAAUAUCCUUUAAUUCCAAAAUGUAUUUAUGGACUAUUUAGUUUAACUUUUCAUGUCUAUUAAGCAGUCAUCAAAAAGUCCUGUGGUGAAAUAAUUUAUAUUUUAAACUAAAUUUUAUAGUAUAUAUAAAUCUCUGAAACUGUACAUACCCUUUUUUGCUAGUAUGCUUUAUAAAACACAUCAUGAUUAGAAAAUGAGAAAAAAAAACUGUAUAUGGGAACAUCUUUAAUCAGAGGGCACGACAGGUUCACAUUGGGUAUUGUUGUUAGGACUCCGGGGAUCUACAGACUAAUUUCUUUUAUAUCCAAGUAGAUACAAUCCAAAGGCUGAGAUUGCAAAGAUUCAUAAAUCUUUUGUUUGUGCUAAGGUUUGUGGUCUUUUAUCCCCCUAUAAUUCCCAAUAAUACCUAAGAUUCAAACAUUUCUCUAAAAUGAUUGUGUUUCAGUCGAGUGACAGCCACAAUCAGGACAAAACAGGGAUAUUUUCAAGCUGAAAGUGUAUUGCUCUUCUUAAGUCAUUCUUCAUACUCAUGUAUGAACAUAAUAAAUACAUUAAUUUAAUAUAUGUUGAUCAGUAUAACAUUUAUUGUUAAAUUUAUAGAUGACGAUAAUGCUUAAUGAACCUCUGGAUGCGUCUCUCCUGAGCUGCUCACAGGCAUAAAACCUGAUGAAAAUAGCUAAACCUAAAUAAAUGUGAUUUUUUUAUUUUUAGGCUACAAGAGGGAAGACAGCUGAUCAUCUCCCAGCUCUGUAAUCCUACAGCUCAGGCUGAGGUUGACAAAAAUGGCAAAUGCUCAAGAAAGAGAAUAUCUCAUUUAAACUGAAUCCCAAAACGUGAUUUUUUUCUUCUAUUUAAUAAAAAACAAAAACUGAAAGAAAAAACAUCAAUGUAAUGGAAGCUGGUUUGGAAUAAUAAAACAAGCUUAAACAAAUUCAUAUGUUAAGGUGUGUUUUAUUGUGUUAACUUAUUAAACAGACCGGCCGACAUGCAAAGUAAACAGCUUCACUUAACCUGGUCAAAUAAAAAAAUAAAAAACAGUUUUCCAACUGAAUGAAAACACGACUCUUAAAUGAACCUGAAACAGACAAACAGAAAACAAUUUAAAUGAAAAAUGUUCGCAAUUAUUACUUUAAUUGAAUUCCAUAUACACAUAAAUUCGCAGUCUGGAAAGUAAAAAGAGAAUAAAGUUUAUUUUUCUUUCAUGUAAAGUUAUUUCUGCACUCAGUUAAAAAAUAAAUCACACGGCAUUCUGGAGAUUCUUUGAAUUGCGUCAACUAAUUACGACAUUCUUUAGACGUCCCUCUAGAUGUUUUUUUCCCCUCAUUUUUAACUCAGCGUGUUUUAGUAAAUAUGUAGUCUUUCAUUUUCUUUACCCGCUUUGUCCACUAUGUUUUGAGCUGUCAGGAGGGAGGCUGAACCUGUCAUCCAGAGAGAAACAGGUCAGAUGUCAGAUGCUCACAGUCAAACAUGCCUGCAGAGAUUCACUGUCAGGUUAGUAUCAUUCUGCCCUGUUUAAGCUUUCAGGAGAAAUCAAGAAAUUUAAACUGCUGAGUAAGAACGCUCAAACUUCAACAGAAAAGCUCCAGCUCCGAUGGAAACAUGUCUUAGUUAAAAAACGACAUAUCUAGUCGGCACACCGACACGCUGCUGGAAUGAUCCAUGCCCACUGCAGCUAAUGUGUUACCAUGGUGAUCCUAAAACAGACAAAGAUAUAAAUUAAGAUAUUUUUCAUUACAUCUGAGAGGGAAAAAAUGUAUCUGAUUUUUCAGAUCUAACUUUGUUAUGUUGCCUACAGAUGAGCAUAAAACACAUUUAUUGAUCAUUAUUUAUUGUACUCCUCAACAAUUUGCAAUUCUGAGUGAAAUCCUUUGAUUCUAACUUUCCUGUCAAAAGUUUCUGCUUUUAUCUUAAAAGCAAGUUUUUCAUGUCACUUUUGCUGUUCUUCGUAUCAAUAUUCCUUGAUCAAAAAUAUUUACUGUUUUGGACAUAACCGGCAAAUAAACUCUAAAUCCUGA